GUCCUUCCUGUAUUUCCGACCAUUAUAGGAUCUAGAAAUGUCGACGACACUUUUAUCCGCCUUCUACGACAUUGACUUCUUGUGCAAGCAGACGGAGAAGUCUCUGACCAACCUCAGCAGCAUGCUGGAUAAGAAAGCCGUGGGGACCCCGGUGACCCCCCCCAGCUUCGCGCCGGGCUUCCUGCGGCGGCACUCGGCCAGCAACCUGCCGGCUCUGGCCGGCGGCUCCAAGUUCCCCAGCCCCACCGGCUCCAGCUCUUCCUCCACCUCCUCCUCGUCGUCAUUCGGCAGCCUGAAAGAGGCAGGCUCCGGCGGAGGCAGCAGCAGCCCCACGGCCCUACUCAACAAGGAGAACAAGUUUCGGGACCGCUCCUUCAGCGAGAACGGCGAACGCAGCCAGCACCUCAUGCAGCAGCUCCAGCAGCAGCAAGCGGCGGCCGGCAAGGGGGGCGGCUCCGGCGCCCCUAUCAACUCGACACGCUACAAGACGGAGCUGUGCCGCCCCUUCGAGGAGAGCGGCGCCUGCAAGUACGGCGAGAAGUGCCAGUUCGCGCACGGCUUCCACGAGCUGCGCAGCCUGACGCGCCACCCCAAGUACAAGACGGAGCUCUGCCGCACCUUCCACACCAUCGGUUUCUGCCCCUACGGGCCCCGCUGCCACUUCAUCCACAAUGCCGACGAGCGCCGCCCGGCGCCUGGCGGGGGCACUGCUGCACCCCCCGCCGCCUCUGCUGGAGGGUCCCAUCACCACCCACACCACUCAGCACCGCACCCCACCGGCAGCACCGGCGACCUCCGCGCCUUCGCUCCCCGCGACCACCCGCUGGGCGGCGGCUUCGGGCACCCGCGCGGCGGCGAGCGGCCCAAGCUGCACCACAGCCUGAGCUUUUCCGGCUUUUCCGCCCACCAUCACCACCACUCGCACCCCCACAGCGCCGCCCCGCCGCCUCCGCCACCCGGCGGCCGCCUGGACACCGCCCUGAUGGAUAGCCCUGGCGGGUCGCGCACACCACCGCCGCCCACUUCUGCCUCCUACUGCGAGGAGCUGCUCUCGCCUCCCUGCGCGAACAGCGCUUUCGCCUUUUCAGGGCAGGAGCUGGGCAGUCUUAUCGCCCCGCUUGCUCUCCACACCCAGAACUUCGCCGCCGCAGCUGCUGCGGCUGCCGCCGCCGCGGCCUACUACCGCUGCCAGCAGCAGCCGCCUCCGCCACAGCCCGGCGGGGGCUGCCCACCGCCUCCUGCCUCGCCGCCCUUCAACUUCCAGCCUCUCCGCCGCCUCUCCGAGUCGCCUGUUUUCGACGCACCGCCCAGUCCCCCGGACUCACUCUCGGACCGGGAGAGCUAUCUGAGCGGAUCCCUCAGCUCCGGCUCUCUCAGCGGCUCCGAGUCUCCCAGCCUGGAUUCUGGCCGUCGCCUGCCUAUCUUCAGUCGCCUCUCCAUCUCCGACGACUAGUGGGGCCUGGGAUAUCGGGCUGCCGCUGCCCUGUGUCUCCCAAGUAAGUCGACGAGUGAAGAAAGUGAUUUUUUUUUUUUAAUAUCUAUCUAUAAUUAUACGCCGAGACCUGAACAAAAAAAAAAAGCAUCUUUGCAAAAGGGCAAGCAACACGAACUCAUCAAACCUAUUUUUAUAGAGACCUUGGAAGAAGGGGAUUUUUGGUUUGGGAUUUUUUUACCGUUGUUUUUCUUUGGAGACAAGUUAUGAUACGCACCAGCAGCAGCCAUUCCAUCUGUGUUCGAAAGAAAACCAAAAGAGCGAGCAUUAGAGAAAGACACCACCAGUAAGCAACAAACAAUCCGAGGAGCCAGAGUUUUGCCUGUUCGGCUCCUCCAAACCUUCAGACACGUACAAAAAAAGUUACAAACUAGUUAUUGUUCAAUCCAGUUCAAACAAAAACACAGGACAUACGCAACUAUAAAAAUUUUAUUUAAAAAAAAAGGAAAGAAAGGAAAAAUCCAAUAUCCUGCCAAGAAUAUGCCUUCGUAACAACCUUCUUUUUUAUAUAUAUCUAUAUAUUAUUAUAAUAAAUGCUAAAACCUUCAUUCCAAAGUUUAAUAUUGGUUCCAUUGCCACCACUUAGUGGAUGUUUGGCUUAGAACAAUUUUGUUGUUGUUGCUUUAUUUGGAAGCACUCAACUGAGUUUAGUUUGUAAUUGUUGGAGAAUUAACUGCUGUUUUGUUGGUUUUUUUUAAAAUUUUUUUAGCUGUUUUGAGUUGAUUGCAUGAAUGAGUCACUGCACACAACUCAGUAUGAAACUAUUUAACUUAUUUAUUAUCUUGUGAAAAGUAUACAUUGGUAAUGUUCAUACUGUAUUUAUCGGGUAUGAUGAAAAGCAAUAGAUAUAUAUUCUUUUAUUAUGUUUAAAUUAUGAUUGCCAUUAUUAAUCGGCAAAAUGUGGAGUGUGUUCUUUUCACAGUAAUAUAUGCCUUUUUGUAACUUCACUUGGUUAUUUUAUUGUAAAUGAGUUAAAAUCUUAAUUUAAGAGAUUGUAUGUAAUAUUUAUUUCAUUAAUUUCCUUUGUUUACGUAAAUCUGAAAGAUUGCAUGGUUUCCUUAGAGAAAUCAGUCUCGAUGCUGUGGAAGUAGUUUGAGGAAUUUCUGUGGGUUUUGUUAGAAUGUAAAUGGUUGUAACCUGUCCGAGUUGAAAACCAAACAAGAAAAAAACAACAAAGACUGACUUUAGCAAUCAGACUUAAAAGUGGCAAAUCUAAUUCAGACUUGUUUAAAUAACCAAAAAGUAUUUUUCUGUUGCCUAACGCCACCAAUCACACUGUGAUAUAGUCUCAAGAGUGUAUGUAGCAAUAAUUGAGGGUCCCAGUAUUACAUCUCACAGUGCCUUUUUGAGGGUCCAUGCUUGCCUUAAUAUAUCUCUCAACCAAAUAAGUAUUUUUCUUAAUGCUUGAUAAUUUGAAUGUAGGGAAUAGUUUUAACUACAGGAAAAUUUCACCAGAUUUUUUGUGUAAGAAUGGAGGCCGUCUUUGGAUCUGAAACUGUAUAUCAGUACACGAACAUAUCUUCUUUAAUUGAAUUCCAAAACAUAGUUUUUUUGUUUGUUUUCCGUACAUUAGAAAGGCAGGAGUUUUCUAAAACUUUCUGGACGGUGGAUGAAUGAGCAGUAGUAGCUUAAUUACCUUUGUACAUAGGUACAGAUUGAGCACUAUGUACUCUUUUGGACUACUUUAACAGAAGUAUGUUUUGAAUGUAACUAAAGGAUAAGUCAACUUGAGUUGUAAUAUAUUUUUUGGGAGUCAGUUCACUACAGACUGUGUGAGACUGUAAACUUUGUACUGUAAAUGUUUUGUAGUUCCCCAAAUAAAACUUUUUGGAAAAAAAAAAAAAGGCAACCCUUUAAAGUGUUAAACUCCUGUUUGCUGGGGCAGCGAGUAUUUCUUGCUGAACACCAACACUACCUCCCCCACUUCCCCUCCCCCCACACACACACUCCCCUCCCAGUCAAAAAUAUUUCUAGCUACAGAUUAACCAGUUUGCACUGCACUUCAGCUCACUCCUCCGGCAAUCACUAGUUGGCAGUCAAAGUUGUUAAAUUCUUCCAGAAGGUUCAGCAGCACUGGUUGAAAGUAUCCUGCUUUAUUCUUGGUUUUAAUUUCCUUUUUUAAGGAGUGAAUGCUCAGGCCUCUGCUGCUUGUAAUUUAACGGCUGGAGCAGAAAAAUAGGUAGUGGCAUUUAUUAAUCACAUGUUGCUGAUGGGGCUGUAUGAGCAUGCCAUUAGCCUUCCUGGCUUGUUUGGGGUAAGGAGGAAAUGCCGGUUUGGUAAUAAAAAGGCCUAAUUAAGGUUUACCCUUUGUCCCAAAAGCUUUGUUCCUUGUCACUCACAGGAAUUCAGACUUCUGCCUCAGUGCUGCUGUCAACCAGCCAAGGGCAUAUUGGUGUUAAUCGGACAAGCAUUGAAUGUGUUAAUCAGUUUUCAGGACUUGGAUUUUAAACAAAUUGUCUUUCUCGGGGUAUAUUUAUAUAACAAAAUACUUGGCAGCUCGUGGACUGUGUGUUCAUCAGGCCUGGGGGAAAUUCAGCUAAUAACUGCUAUUUGCUGCCUUUUUCCAAUCAGUCCCUUAAACUUCUGAGUUGCCAAUUUGACUUUCAUGUUGGUGUGUUUUGUGGGGUGUUUUUGUUAGGGUUUUUUGGGGUUUUUUUUGUUCUUUUGUCACACUAAUAAUAAAUGCUGUUAACAUUUUGGCAUCUCUAGGCUGCCUGGACUGCCACAGUACUUUCUAUAAAUACAAGACAGAAUGUAGUAUCGGUGCCAUAUGUUUGUGUAAUGAACCUUAGUGUGACUCUCGGUUUAAAUUUAAAACAAACAUAAGCAAUGCAUGACAACACAGCCCAGCUGCAGCAGCCACCUUUCCCUUUUUUUAUGGACUAGUCUGAUGCUUUGGCUCAAAAUUGUUCCCCCUGAAUCCCAAACUAAUUUUUUGGAGAAACCUUUCUGGUGCUGCCUGCACAGUAGUUCUGAGUACUGCUAGAUCCUGCCCUAGAUAUUCUUGGUGCAGAUAACCACAACUACAGGGUGAAGGCAUUGGCUGAUACUUUGCAGGAACAGAAUAGCUGCUGUUUUGACUGGUGGCUUAAACUCAUGAUUUUGCACACUGUUGGAAUUUUGAAAAUGUUUUUCACACCAAAGGUGUCUCAAUCAGUUUCACAUCUGUCUUCCUCUUUUUUUUUUUUUUGGUACCCUCCCUUGCUCACCUCUUUCUCUCAGCCUGCCCUUUUUUUUCCACAAUAAAUAAUGACCUUAUGUAUUGUUACAUUUCACUUAUCUAGGAGAGCUGUGCUCCGUCAGCGCAGUACUUUCAUCUUCCUUGCAAUUAUCUGUUGGUUGAACAGGAUCUGGGUGAGGGUGCCAGGGUGGCUGAAAGAGCUGUGGAAGCUUUAUGGCAGCUGCCCCAUGUAAAAUACAACUGUGCUGGUGUCAGUGCCACCGUUUUGUCUGAAAAAGGUUGCCGGGAUGGGUGGGUGAUAGCCCAUGAGUUUCUCCCAGUGGGCUAGAGGCAUGCCAGUCUGUGUGCAGAGUGAGCCUUGAGCCGCCCUCUGUCCCAUUCUAAGUCAUGUUCUUAAGGCCACCCAUCCUGUGCCCUGGUCUGUUUGUACCUCUGCAAAAGUGUACUGCAGAACAGUCUGUUGAGGUGUUAUGUGCUGCUGUUCACUCUUAAGUCCUUGAACUGGGAAGAUAAGUGUCUGUUUCUUGCACUGCACAAUCAAGUGUUAACCUUUAAACCAGUGACUUAGGUUGUUGAUUUAAGCACAUGCUGUCUUUGCUUUAAUUUAAAAUUCAACGAAGCACGUAAAGCUGGCUGGGCCAUUCAGAAACUUCCUGGUGCCUGGCAAUAAAUUCAUUAAAUGCAUAAAAAUAAACAUUUUCUUCAAGAGCUUGUGGUUGAGCAGGACCACUAUGGUCUCUGCUAUUGCCCAUUAGAGAUGCGGCGUUUCUCUAGUUAUGGGGGCACUUAAAAUGAGUUUGAGGAUCUGGAAAAUGAGGAUUUUACUAAUUACUAGUUUUAGGACUCAGUCUUGCGUGCUUGUUUCAGCUGAUCAUAUGAAAGAAAUUGUAGCAAAUACUUCUAUCUGUAGGAAUAGGUAUAACUGAAUAGAUCUUAAAAUAGGAAUUGGUUUAAUGUGGCUUGGUAUGACCAUUAUGGGGGUUUGAAAUGUAUCAGAAAAUCAGCAGUUCUAAUUUUUACUCUUCAGUCCUCUGAAUUUCUUAGGGGCUUUUUAUCUGUUCAGGUUUUGUUGGUUUUCCUUCAUCAAGCAGAGCGGGUGUGCUGUGACUCGGUGCCUUUGCUUUCUCUGGGCUUUGGGGCUUGCUGACUAACCCAAAUUACUUAGCAAACUCAAUUCAGCACACAACCGAGCAGCUUGCACACCACCAAAAAUAUUCCCAGCACUUUAACAUGGAGCACAGGACUGCUGCUCUUUGCUUAGUGCAUCGUGAGCUGAUUUCAUCGUACUCCCAGAUUCACCUCCCGUUCAGAUGUUGAAGCUGGAAUUCGAGCACAUUCUGUGUCACUUGUGGAAGAGGCACAUCACCAGUGGAGGAGCUGCCAGAUCCUCUCUGCUGGGCUGCUGAAUGGCAGAAUGCAGCAAAACCGAUGCCUCAGUGGGUAAACACAUCAUUAAGAGAUGAGCCUUCUUCUGGAGUAUGGUGUCCAACGCCACACUUGCAUUACUUCACCAAAUGCAGCCCUGCACUGCUCCCGUUUGCCUCUCCCAUCCUAGCAGCAGGGCUGCAGCUUGGAGUUUUUUUUAAAUGCUUUUUUGAAGGUGUGCAUCUGACAGCCUCAUUUUCAAAGAGGGCCCAAGAUUUCAUUUGUGCUUAUGAUCAAAGUGUGCUUCUGUUUGUUGCACUUGGCUAAUACAGCACUAAAGAUAAGGAGCUUGUAUUACUUAUUUUUAAA